AUGCUUCAUCGUCAGUGUGUGUUUGUGAGCCGACGAUCCUUCUCCCAAAGCCGAGCUUUGGCCGCAGAAAACGUCAAGAAUUGGUUGGACGGAAAACCAGUGGAAUCGAAAGCGCAGAAAUGGAUCGAGCUCACGAAUCCUGUAAGUUUCUUUAUCAGUUUUGUGAUCUAAAAAAGAAAAGCGGAAUAUAUCUUUUAAAAUGCCAUUUUUAAAAACAUUUACUUGAUUUUUUUGAAUCUUACAGGCUACAAACGAAGUUAUCAGCCAAGUCCCUCACACAACUCCAGAAGAACUUCAAGCAGCGGUCGACUCUUGUAAGUCAGCGUAUCAAAGUUGGAAGAACACUUCGAUUCUCACCAGACAGAAAUGCAUGUUGGAUCUGCAGGCACUGAUUAGAAGAGACUUGAAGAAGAUUGCCGAAAACAUCACUUACGAGCAAGGAAAAACGUUACCUGAUGCUGAAGGAGAUGUUAUCAGAGGCCUCCAAGUAGUAGAGCACGCUUGCAGUGCUCCAUCUUUGUUGCUGGGAGAGCAUCUUCCAAAGUAAGUCUAUUUUUUAACAGUUAGGAACUUGAAUUGUAACAUUUGAUAUUGUGUUAGAAGCCCUAACACAAUAUCAUGUUGAUAAUAAAGUGGUUUCUAAUCACCUUAUUACUUGUAGUGUGGCCAAAGAUAUGGACACCUACAGCGUCAGGCUUCCACUGGGAGUAACAGCCGGAAUCUGCCCCUUCAACUUCCCUGCCAUGAUUCCCUUGUGGAUGUUCCCCAUGGCUCUCGUAGCUGGAAACACGAUGGUAUUGAAGCCGUCCGAACAAGAUCCUGGAGCCACGAUGAUGUUGAUGGAGCUGGCGAAAGAAGCCGGAAUCCCUGACGGUGUUGUGAAUGUGGUUCACGGUCAACAUGAUUGUGUCAACUUCAUCUGCGACAACCCUGACAUCAGGGCCAUCUCAUUUGUGGGCAGUGACCAAGCCGUACGUUUACUUUCGAUGUUGUGGAAUAUCACAGUUAAAGAUUCAAAGAAGUUUAUCUUUUAGUUAAAGUUAGGUUUAAUCAACUUCGAUUUCAGGGUAAGUACAUAUACGAACGAGGCAGCAAAAACGGAAAAAGGGUACAAUCCAACUUGGGCGCCAAAAACCACGGUGUAAUUCUGCCAGAUGCCAACAAAGACGCUACCUUGAAUCAGCUGACGGCCGCCGCCUUCGGAGCUGCUGGCCAGCGAUGUAUGGCCUUAUCAACAGCCGUAUUCGUCGGUGAAUCGAGGAAAUGGAUCCCCGACUUGGUGGAGAAGGCCAGGAAACUGAAGGUGGGCCCGGGAUGGAAACCGGACAGUGACAUUGGACCUGUCAUUUCAAAGGCUUCGAAACAGAGGAUUCUGGGCUUGAUUGAAUCUGCCAGGAAGGAGGGAGCUCAAGUUCCUUUGGAUGGCUCUGACUGCUCCGUUAGUGGAUUCGAGAAUGGAAACUUUGUAGGAGCUACAUUAAUCACCGGUGUAACGCCAAAGAUGGAAUGCUACAAGGUGAGUGGGUUUAAUAUCGGUCCAAUCGUUUUUAGGAAGAAAUCUUCGGCCCCGUACUCGUUGUUCUGGAAGCCGAGACCCUGGACGAAGCGAUUGAUCUCAUCAACAAGAACCCCUAUGGUAACGGCACAGCCAUCUUCACCACCAGCGGCGUAGCUGCUCGUCGUUUCACCAACCUCAUUGACUGUGGUCAAGUUGGUGUCAACGUUCCUAUCCCGGUGCCUUUGCCAAUGUUCUCUUUCACCGGAAGUCGUGGAUCGUUCCUUGGCGACGCCAACUUCUACGGAAAGGCCGGUCUCUACUUUUACACUCAAUGGAAGACGGUGACCCAGCUCUGGAGAUCAGAAGACGCUUCCCAAGAAUCUCGCCCUCAGAUGGCCUUCCCUCAACUAAAGUAA